UCCGGGGAUGCUCCAAAUCCUUCUUGGUGCCUUUUGAUGUCGUCGGAGGUCGGAGGUCGGAUGUUCGGGUCGGUGUCGUUGAAUGCGAGCUCGGGGGAGCCAAUGCCGGAUGUCGUGGUGUUCUUUUGCUAGUUUCUUGUUCUUGAUUCAGCCGGGACUUCCUGCUCGGGUAUUGGGAGUGUAGUCGUUGCUUUAGGAGGAAGUGCAGAUAUAGAGGGGGUUGCAGGACUGUUGAUGAUCGUUUUCUGGUGGUCUUUGAACAGAAGGUUGCGCGUUUUGGUGUGCAGAUUCUGUCGGGUUAGGGUUUUUGAGGCAAUGGUUCUUGCGAAUUAUUGUUUUUAUCGAAGGCGGUGAUGAAAUUUAGUGUUUGUAAAUGAUCAAUGCUUUCGAUUUUUGUUUCUCGUCGUGUUAGUAUAGAUCGAGAAGAAAGUGUGAACGGGGAACAAAAGAGUUGAAGCUGUUAGUUUUUCCUGGUGAAAAUGUAGAUGCGUUCUUAUACGUCCGCGUGGAGUUUAAGAACAAUCCGAUGGUGAAGAAAGAAAAGUGUUCUGAGGUUGAGGUGGAUCUUUGAUCAGCGAUGCCAAGCAUUAGAGCUCCAUCCUCAAAAAGGACUGCCAGCUUGCUGGUAUCAGUAAAAUGCAGGCCACUGACGGAAGCAGAACGAAAGCGGAGUCGGCAUAUUAUUCAAGUAACUGAUGAUAAGAGCUUAACUGUUUUGGAUCCUGACCUGUCGAAGGACUAUCUUGAACUCAUCCAAAAUCGAACCAAAGAGAGAAGAUAUUGCUUUGAUCAUGUCUUUGGACCUGGAUGUACUAAUGCAGAUGUUUAUCGGAACAUAUCAUCUACAAUCGCUGGUGUGGUUCAAGGUUUAAAUGCCACAGUAUUUGCAUAUGGUUCAACAGGAAGUGGCAAAACUUACACAAUGGUUGGAACCCGUAAGGACCCUGGACUAAUGGUUCUUAGCUUGCAUACAAUUUUUGAUCUUAUCAAGAAGGAUAAGAGUUCAGACAUCUUCGAAGUCUCUUGUUCUUACCUUGAAGUGUACAACGAAGUCAUCUAUGAUUUGCUUGAAAAAUCAUCAGGACACUUGGAGCUUAGAGAAGACCCUGAGCAUGGCAUUAUGGUUGCUGGUUUAAGAAGCAUUAAGGUUCAAUCAGCAGAUAAGAUUCUGGAACUUCUGAAUCUUGGAAAUAGCAGACGCAAAACUGAAAGCACAGAGGCAAAUGCAACAUCAUCCCGAUCUCAUGCAGUUCUGGAGAUUACUGUGAAAAGAAAGCAAAAAAAUCAAUAUCAGAGUCGGAUCCUCCGUGGAAAACUUGCACUAGUUGAUCUUGCUGGCAGUGAAAGGGCUUCUGAAACUAACCUUGGAGGCCAAAAGUUAAGGGAUGGAGCUAAUAUUAACCGUUCACUGCUUGCUUUGGCAAACUGCAUAAAUGCCCUUGGCAAGCAACAGAAGAAGGGUCUAGCAUACGUCCCUUAUCGUAACAGCAAGUUGACCCGUAUCCUAAAGGAUGGACUUAGUGGCAAUUCUCAAACAAUUAUGGUUGCAACUAUAUCACCUGCAGAUGAUCAGUAUCACCACACUAUAAAUACACUGAAAUAUGCUGACCGAGCUAAGGAGAUCAAAACUCAAGUUCAUAAAAACAUUGGGACAGUUGACACUCAUCUUGCAGAUUACCAACGAAUGAUCGAUAAUCUCCAGAUUGAAGUUUGUCGUUUGAGAAAGGAGUUAGCUGAGAAGGAAUCUCAGUUAAGCAUCAAACCUGUGGAAAAAGCUGCAGAUGAUGAACUAUCGUGGUUGAAUAUCUUGAGUCGUGAAACAGGUGAGAAUGUACAGGAGCGCAUAAAUCUGCAAAAAGCACUUUUUGAGCUUGAGGAAACUAACAUACGAAACCGCACCGCGCUUCAACAUCUUGAUGAUGAGAUUGCUAUGCAAGAGGUUAUAGAGAAGGAUGGAGCAGUUGUGCAAGCACUAAGAUCAAGGAGACAAGUUAUUUUGGAUAACAUCCGUGACAAUGAUGAGGCUGGUGCUGGUUACAAGAAGGAUAUAGAGAUAAAUGAGAAACGACGAUGUCAGCUUCAAGAUAUGAUUGAUGAAGCCAUUAGUAACAAUGGCAACAAAAUUUAUCUGCACAUUCUUAGUCAGUACAGACUUCUUGGGAUGGCAAAUACUGAACUUCAAUUUGAGAUGGCAAUGCGAGAUCAAGUCAUUCAUGAUCAAAGAGAAUCUAUGAAAAAAAUUUGGACUGUGCUCUUGGAAUUGGGGCUUGACCAAAAGCAAAUAAUGGAUCUGGCUGUUAAACAAGGGAUCAAAAUAGAAGAAUGUGCUACAGCUCAAGCAAGUUACCUGAGGACGUUGCAGUCACCAGUUAUUUCUAUUGUUGGAACCCCAUCUUGUGUGUUAUAUCACAGCCCAUGUUUGCAGACACAUCCUUCUAAUGCUUGCAUCUUCCAACAUCACCAAGGCUGUAGCUCCGUAGCUUACGUCAGGUCCCAAAUUGACAGUCCUACUGUCUGCAGAGAGGAGCACCAUAACUCUUAUUACUUGCACUCUCAUGAUCACCCACACAUGGCAUAUUCUGGAAUGGGAGAAACAAGGUCAAGUGGAAGACCAAAUCCAUGUUUUUAUACUCCUGAGAAACCUGCUCAGGAAGCAUGGUGCUUCUGCUCACCAAUGAAUGCUCAGCCAUACCCAUGCAGUAAUGAAAGAUCGGGUUCUGACAAAGACUUGCGGCAUCACCCAAAGGAAACAUGUUUUGCAAGAAGGCAAAUACUGCAGGAAGAAUUCCCUUCCGGACUGAGCCGCAGAAACCCGAAGGAGGAACUUGGGAAUAAUGGUGAAUUAAACUGUGAAUUACAUGAGCAUCAUCUUUUCCUCAACUCACUGACGAGGCAUCCAGAUUUUUCCAAGUCUUUGCCAUCCUCUGGAGCUGUUGGUGUGAGACCCUUGAACAUUCCUGGGCUGUAAUGAGCCUUACCUUUUAUUUUUGUACAAUAUCCUUCUUUUACUUUGCUAUUUUUCCUAUUUUCUGUACAGAGUUUGCCACAGUGGAAGGUUGUAAAUGUUAGUUAGAUACAUGUAUAAGUGAUUAAUUGCCUGUAUGUGAUUGAAAAUUUUAGUGUGAUCAAGUUUGAAUUAUCCAUUUUUA